CGUUUUUGACGUUUGGCCCAAUCAUACGAAAACAUGCGCUCGUACAAAUUGAAUUAAAUAUUUAUUUUCUUCGUAAACAAAAAUCGCAGACCUUAUUAUUAAAUAAAAAAUGGCCACAACAGAUGAGAAAGUGGAUGCCAAACCAAAUAUACUAAUCACAGGAACUCCUGGUGCCGGAAAGUCACACUUGUGUGAAAGGUUAUCCGAUCAAUUAAAAUUGAAGUGGUUGGAUUGCUCUAAAAUUGCCAAAGAAAACGAUUUUGUUGAGGAAUAUGAUGAUGAGUACGAUUGCCCGAUUCUUGAUGAAGACAAAUUAAUGGACUUCUUGGAACCCCUUAUGCAACAAGGUGGGAAUAUAGUUGAAUAUCACGGCUGUGAUUUCUUCCCUGAGAGAUGGUUUGAAGCGGUUUUUGUUGUUACAUGUUCCAAUACUCAACUUUUUGAUCGUCUCAAAGAACGUGGAUACAAUGAAAAGAAAUUAAAAUCAAACCUUGAAUGUGAGAUAUUUGGAACAGUGCUGGAGGAGGCACGCGAUUCAUAUAAACCAGAGAUUGUUUUCGAAUUAAAAGGUGAUACCAAACUGGAUGCUGAACAAAGUAUGAAAACUAUAAAAAAUUGGUACAGAGCUUGGAAGCGGAAAUAAAGUUUCAGAUUGUUUAUUAUAGUAAAUGAAAAUUACAUAUUUGUCCAAUGAAUGAAGACAAUUAUCAUUGAAUUGUAUUUUUAAUAGUAGUUACAUAGGCAUGUAAAUAAAUAAAUAAUGUUUUUGUAUCGAAGCUACAUACAUACAUA